CGUGCGCCCCAACCUGUUUGUGGGGACGGCGCCGGGCUCGACGCAGUUCCGCUGCUGGUACUUCGAGGUGGCCGUGGAGCGGGCCCAGCCCUUCGUCACCGCCGUGCCCACCCACCUGCGCGUGGGCUGGGGGGCGGCAGGGGGCUUCCGGCCCGCCCCGGGGGGCGGCGCGGGCUGGGGGGGCAACGGCGCCGGCGACGACCUCAACUCCUUCGCCUUCGACGGCCUCCACCUGUGGACAGGGGGUGUCCCCAAGGCCGUGGGGUCACCCCAACGCCGGGCUCUGGCCGAGGGGGACGUGGUCAGCUGCUGCCUGGACCUGGGGGUCCCCAGCGCCUCCUUCCGCCUCAACGGGGCCCCGGUCCAGGGGGUCCUCGAGGGCUUCAACCUCGACACCCUCUUCAGCCCCGUGGCCAGCUUCUCGGCGGGGGUCCGGUGA